UAGAAAAGAGACUGGCUUGUGGGGUAUAGUCCGGAGGAGCGUUUUUCUCAGAUGGGUUUUCUGUAGUGGGAAUAGAGUGAUGUUUCUUUUCCACAGGCCAUUUAGGUUUAGACAAGCAGAGUGUUGUCUGGAGUCUUCUGGUCUUCAGCUUCGGCAGUCAGUGCUGCGUUCUCAGGAAAGGGUGGGAAGUUGAUGAAAUCUUUGGUAGGUUCUGCUCGAGAUUUAACACGCGGGGUUCGGACUUUUUGGGAGAGAGAUAUCCAUGUGCGAUUUUCUUCUUUUGAGCUGGUUUUGUGCGCAAGAGACUGAUUUAAGCUCCAUCUAAAGGCGACGAAAGAGAGUGGGAGGUUUUGUACUCCAUUUUCUGGAGAUGAUGGGUGAAAGAGGGCUGGGGAGAAUUCUUCUGCUUCUACUUCCAUUCUUGCCUAUUGCCUUGGGUGCCUUCGUGGGAAUAAACAUUGGUACUGAUGUUACUAACCUGCCAGAAGCUUCAGAUAUAGUAGCAGUCUUAAAAUCCAAUGAGAUAACUCAUGUGCGACUUUACAAUGCCGAUGCUCACAUGUUAAAAGCCCUUGCUAACAGCGGGAUCAACGUCAUGGUUGGUGUCACGAAUGAGGAAGUUUUAGGGAUUGGGGAAUAUCCAGCAACAGCGGCUGCUUGGAUUAACAAAAAUGUUGCCGCUUACCUGCCUGCAACCAAUAUAACUGCAAUUGCAGUUGGCAGUGAAGUUCUUACUGCAAUACCUCAUGCAGCUCCGGUUUUAGUUCCAGCAAUGAAUAACCUUCAUAAAGCUUUGGUUGCCUCUAAUCUCAAUUUUGUUGUUAAGGUCUCGACCCCACAAUCAACGGAUGUAAUACCGAAGCCCUUCCCUCCCUCCGCCGCAGCCUUCAACUCUUCAUGGAACUCUACACUUUACCAGCUGCUUCAAUUCCUGAAGAACACAAAUUCCUCAUACAUGUUAAAUGCUUAUCCAUAUUAUGGAUAUACUCAAGGGAAUGGGAUUUUCCCACUCGAUUAUGCUCUUUUUCGGUCACUUCCUUCGGUGAAGCAGAUCGUUGACCCGAAUACCCUUUUUCACUACAGCAGCAUGUUUGAUGCCAUGGUUGAUGCUACUUAUUAUUCUAUCGAGGCUAUGAAUUUUUCAGGGAUCCCUGUUAUGGUGACAGAAACCGGCUGGCCUUGGUUUGGUGGAUCAAAUGAACCUGAUGCGACGGCAGAAAAUGCCCAAACCUUCAAUAACAACUUGAUCAAGCGGGUGCUUAAUGGCUCAGGUCCACCUAGCCAGUCAGAUGUGCCAAUCAACACAUACAUCUAUGAGUUAUUUAACGAGGACAAGAGACCAGGACCUGUGUCGGAGAAAAAUUGGGGCGUGUUUUUCACCAAUGGGACUUCUGUGUAUCCUCUCAGCUUGGGCACAUCCGGCCGAAUCACGGGGAACUCUUCCGGGAUCUUCUGUGUAGCAAAGCAGGAUGCAGAUUCCGACAAGUUGCAAGAUGGGCUAAACUGGGCUUGUGGUCAAGGUCAUGCUAAUUGCGCGGCUAUUCAGGAAGGACAGCCGUGUUACUCACCCAAUACUGUGGCAAACCAUGCUUCAUAUGCCUACAAUGACUAUUAUCAGAAGAUGCAGGGUGUUGGCGGGACGUGCGAUUUUCAGGGCACGGCUAUGACAACUACGGUUGAUCCCAGUUACGGGUCAUGUAAAUUCACUGGCAGUUCAAACUCGAGCUCCACUGUGACUACUCCGGUCGCAUCUGCACCUUUCAGUCCUAUAGGCGGAGGUUCGCCAACUUCAGCUGUGCUAGCCUCCAAACUAAAAUACGUGAUUUGCACAAUCUCCGUUGUUCUUACGUUGCUUUGAUGAAGGGGUGGGCGCAUAUUCAGCUAGAGCAGUCGAUGGCGGGUUACUGGUAGAUCUUGGCUGUGAUGAAAUUGGUGGGAGAUUCUUGAGCUUAGUGAGGAUUCUUGUUCAUCCAUCCCUUCUCAUUUUUUUUGAAUGUGCUUUAGAGAUCCUUGCGUUUAGUUCCUCGUGGUCUGUUUUAUGUCAUUGUAACAUUUGAUUAUAGAAUCUGUGGAUAGAGCAUUGAUUCUUUGGAGGGGGGGAGAUGAGAAUGGACCGAUGCGACCGGGAUCCCCUUGCUUCCUUGCAAUUUCCCUGAAAAUCAGCCACCAAAUUAUGGUAGAGAAGUAAGAUGGUGUCCUUCAAAUUCAUCAUGAGGACAUGCUAUC